CAGUUCGCACUCUAGGCGUAGGAGGCUGAGCCAAUCGCAUGUGUUACACUAUGAAGCUCAGCUGCUAUCCGACAUCCGAUUGGAUGCAGUGCACCGCGGGCUUACGUGCCUCUCGCAAUUUAAUUUCUAGGGGUAGGGACAAGGGAGUCGUGACUUGGGAGAGCGUCCACUGCCAUCGAAGUGCAAGGAAACGGAUAGUGCUAGCUGUCGAUUCUCGUAGAAGUUUUCCCUUAAUUGAAUAAAUAAUGGCACGUACCAAGCAGACGGCACGUAAGUCAACAGGAGGUAAAGCUCCCAGGAAGCAACUUGCAACUAAAGCUGCACGUAAAAGUGCACCAUCUACGGGAGGUGUAAAAAAGCCACAUCGUUACAGGCCUGGUACUGUAGCUCUCAGAGAAAUCAGAAGAUACCAGAAAUCGACUGAGCUGUUGAUCAGAAAAUUACCAUUUCAACGUUUAGUUCGUGAAAUUGCACAGGAUUUCAAGACAGAUUUGCGAUUCCAGAGUGCUGCAAUUGGAGCAUUGCAAGAAGCAUCGGAAGCAUACUUGGUUGGUUUAUUUGAAGACACAAAUUUGUGCGCUAUCCACGCGAAACGUGUUACAAUCAUGCCCAAGGAUAUUCAGCUGGCUCGACGAAUUCGCGGCGAGCGUGCUUAAACAAUAUGUAAUUCCCAUACAUACCAUUUACUACUAUUAUUAUUAUCAUUCGUAACAGUCGUGAAUGAAACAUUUUCAUUCCAAACUACAUAUUAUGUUGUACCCUAUAAGUGUACAAGUUAUGAUAUGAUCAUCCUUUAUAAUAUGUAUCUAAACUUCAGAUUUCUGGAAAACUAGAUACAAAGAUUGGUAUAAUCUGUUUUUAAUAUGUAGGUAGUUUUCAUCCUUUGGUAUUACUGUACAAACGUAGAAAGUAUGUUAUUUCUUCAAGAAGUUAUCAGCUACAAAUCCUUUAAUUUCAUUCACAUCUCUUUUGUCAUUUUGCACUUUACAAUGUAAGAAUACUUAUACAAAGAGCGAUAAAAAAAGUCUAAACCGGAAGGUAAAUGAUCGUGAUAAAAGACAAGUGAAAUUGUUAAUUCUUCUAAAAGUACUCUUAAGAUUGAGUAAGAUCGAAAAUGUUUAGUUUCUCAUUACAGUUUUAUUAUAUUCGUCAUCAUUAUCAUUAUUGAUAAAACACUUAGUGAAAUAUGCAUUAGAGAGUAAGGCAGUUUCUUUGUAGGAAUUCAACGUAGUGUUUACCAUUCUAGAACUCUGGUUGUAUGAAAAUUACAUAAGGUAUUUCAAUCAGUCAACUAUUCAUUGUUCGUGUAAAGAUAAACGUUUCAUAAAUAAAUCUUCAAAAUAAUACUAA